AUGGCAACAAAUGAUACGUCUUUCGCGGCGCAUGUCGCCAAUCAGUUCAACUCCUACGAGAAAGACCGCCAGAUGGACUCCAAACAAACCAUCUACGCCGCCAGCAACGGUGUCCCUAUGGCUCAUCCCUACGAAGCUCAACGCGCAGGGGAGAGUGGACCACUCCUCCUCCAAGACUUCCAUUUGAUCGAUCUUCUUUCCCAUUUCGAUCGAGAGCGAAUCCCAGAACGCGUUGUUCAUGCAAAGGGAAGCGGUGCCCACGGUUUCUUUGAGUGUACCAACCCGGCCGAUGACUUGACUUGCCUCGACAUCUGGAGUACCAAAGGCAAGAGAUGUCCCGUCACAGUUCGCUUUUCCACCGUCGGUGGCGAAGCCGGUUCCCACGAUUGCGCUCGAGACCCUCAAGGUUUCUCUGUCAAGUUCAGAACCGAGGAGGGUAACUGGGACUUAGUCGCCAAUAAUACCCCGGUGUUUUUCCUUAGAGAUCCCGCCAAGUUCCCCCAUUUCAUCCACACGCAGAAGCGACACCCUUCUACACACUUGACCCACGCUGACGACUCGACUAUGUUCUGGGAUUAUCUGUCAAACAAUCCUGAGUCAAUUCACCAGGUUAUGAUUCUUUUCUCGGAUCGAGGCAUUCCCGACGGGUUUCGAUUCAUGCAUGGUUACUCCGGCCACUCUCUGAAGCUGGUUAAGAAGAAUGGUGAUUGGAUCUAUUGCCAGAUUCACAUGAAGUCCAUGCAGGGAACCAAAUUCCUGACACAAGAAGAGUCUGCCACCAAAUCUCCAGACCAUGCCCAGAAGGAUCUCUACGAAGCCAUCCACCGCGGCGACUAUCCCAGGUGGUCAGUGGAGAUUCAGACCAUGACUCCCAAACAAGCCGAAGAAGUUUGGGCUAAGCAAGGCAUCAACGUCUUUGAUUUGACCCACGUAUGGCCUCAGAAACAAUUCCCUCUGCGCAAAGUCGGUGAAUUCACAUUGAACGAGAAUGCCGUCAAUUAUUUUGCCGAAGUCGAGCAAGUGGCAUUCAGUCCUUCCCACAUGCCUCCUGGUAUCGAACCUUCGGCCGAUCCAGUGCUGCAGUCCCGCCUCUUCUCUUACCCAGAUACCCACCGCCACCGUGUUGGUGCAAAUUACCAACAACUUCCCGUCAACGCUGCCCGCACGGCCUACAAAUACGGAAACUUCCAACGCGAUGGUCCCAUGGCAUUCUAUAACCAAGGUGGCCGGGCAAACUAUCUCUCAUCCAUCGACCCUAUUCAAUUCCGUGAAAGAUCCGUUGAUUAUGACAAGACUCAUGGACAUUUCCAAGGCCAUGCUAUCACAUUCCUGUCGCAGAUUCGCCCUGAAGACUUCAAUGGCCCACGAGCCUUAUGGGAGAAAGUUUUCGACGAGCCUGCCCGCCAACGUUUCAUCAGCAACGUUACUGGUAAGAUGGAAGUUUGUUCGGACAAAGAGAUUCUGAAGAGACAAAUUGCCAUAUUCCGUGAAGUCAGUGAGGACCUCGCUCAGCGCCUGGAGAAAUCAACAGGCAUUAAGGGUUAUGACGGGAUCAAGAACAUGAAGUUCAACGGUUCUCAUAAUGGCAUGAGCUCGGAUCCUGCCAUCAGACAGGCCAACGGUGUCAAGGCUACGACAUUCAGCAACAAUACCAAUGGAGCACCAACCCAGGGUUCGCAUGACAGCAUCCCUAAUGGCGCCACGAACGGUGCAUAA